GUCCACUUUGGCACUACUGAUACUAACGCAUUAAAACGACCGCGCACCGCACUCUGAUCCCAGGUGGUCAAAAUUAAUCCAGAGCUCACUUAUUUGGCGUCCCUCGUUGCUUAGAGACAUCAAACCGCAUCCAUCAGUCGGUCAGACUACAAACGUUGGGCCCAAUUGUGCACGUCGUGUCUAACGAUUUCACUGCAUGCGCCGUGAGCCAAACGACCCGCGACAGGUAAUGAGCGAGCCGUGAAAUGGACGAGAUCGAAGAAAGCCCUAGAAUAGAAAACGAGACUGGUUGGCACAGCUGCGCCGGUUACGCAAGGGCACUUUCCGCGUGGGAAAAAAAAAAGGCAAUAUCGCUAAGAAAAUAAAUAAAACGAGAGCGAGACACGCUAUAACAAAUCAUCAGAAACGAAAUUGGGCAGUCAAAGAGCAACUCGUGUCACACUGCAUGUUGAUGAUAAUCGCUUAUCGGCCACGCAAGCAGCAGUCGGCAGAUCGCAUGUUCAUCACCCUAUAAAAAGGGCACGGCAUCAAUAAACGUUGUCUAUUCCACCCUGGCAUCCGGCUGAUACGCCACAGUUGGCGACGAUGGCCGUCGGCAGGAUCGGCGAGUAUCGUCUAGGCACAAAUGCGUCAUGGGACGAAUACGUCGAGAGGCUAGAAAUGUUCUGCGAAGCUAACAAGAUAGCGAAAGAAGAACAGAAAAGAGCCGUCCUGCUGAGUUGUUGCGGCGAAGAAGCGUACGGGCUCAUCGUGACUCUGGUGAAGCCAUCAAGACCGACAGCAGCAACCUACGAGGAAAUUAAGACGGCGGUUCGCAAGCACCUGCAUCCAAGGCCUUCAGAGCUAUACGCAAGGUUUUUGUUCUACAAGAGAAACCAGGCUGCUGAGGAAUCGGUUGCGGACUACGUCACGGCGCUUCGGAAGCUAGCCGAAGACUGCGGUUUUGGCGACGAGCAGCUCCCGUUGGACAUCAUGAUGCGAGAUCGAUUCGUAUGCGGCCUCCAGAACGAAGCAGUUCAACAGCGACUUAUCGCAGAACACGACCUUACGUUCAACGUUGCGUACGACAUGGCCGCGACCGCAGAAGCGACAGCCAAGCAACAGCAAGACAUACGGAUGCAAGGCCGAGACGAGGCGAAGGACCGCCAGGGCAUGAUACAAGCAACCCGCACGAAGCAAGACGCCACGGCAGAGGGAUCUAGUUGCUACCGUUGCAACGGUAAGCACGCUCCGCAUUUAUGCAGCUUUAGAAAAGCGGCAUGCUUCAAAUGCAAAAGGGUUUGACAUAUAGCGAGGGCUUGUCGUUCAAGAGACGAAAGUAGAGCGUCCCGGAAGACGCCUGAGCAAAAGAGGAAAGUUGAAAAGAGAAAGGGCGUGUACGAAAUGAGUGCAUUGUUUUCACUUUGCGAAGUGAAUGAGCAAGAACAGAAGUUUAUGGUUAAAGUACAGAUACAAGGACAAGAAGUCCCGAUGGAGGUCGAUUCCGGAGCCUCGUGCUCAAUUGUGAGUGAAGAUACAUUUCGAGUAAUCGAGAGAAAUCGGGGUGAAAUACCACUCCAAGAUUCUGGAACGACUCUCGU